AAUGAGCACCUCAGAGGGACAGGACAGUCACUUCCUCUCAGCUGCCUGCAUCUCUUCUUUAAAAAGCGAGGCCCAGUCGACAGGAGGGACCGUCUGGCAUCUGCCGUUUGUCACCACAGAACCCGGGACGAGCCAGGACAUGGACCUCGCGAACAAAAGCGCCGGUGACUACAACUAUGAUUACCCUGAUGGGACCAUAAACCCCGACAUGCCUGUGGAUGGCCCUAUCGUCGAGCAGUUUCGUGCCGAGGAUAUCGUGGCCCUGGUCAUCUACUCGGUCGUGUUCCUGGUGGGAGUUCCCGGGAACACCCUGGUGGUGUGGGUGACAGCAUUCGAGGCCCGACGUACCAUCAACGCCAUCUGGUUUCUGAAUCUGGCGGUGGCCGAUCUCCUCUCCUGCUUGGCACUGCCUGUCCUAUUCACGGCCAUUAUAAAACACGACAACUGGCCCUUCAGCCACCAGACCUGUACGGUCUUGCCCUCGCUCAUUCUGCUUAACAUGUAUGCCAGUAUCCUGCUGCUGGCCACCAUUAGUGCUGACCGCUUCCUGCUGGUGUUCAAACCCAUCUGGUGUCAGAAGGUCCGAUGGACCGGCCUGGCGUGGAUGGCCUGUGGAGUGGCCUGGGUCUUAGCACUACUCCUCACCAUCCCAUCCUUCAUAUUCCGUCAGGUGUACAAAGACCCCUUCUCAAAUAAGUUUAUAUGUGGCAUUAACUACGGGAAGGGUGGCAUCCACAAGGAGAGGGCUGUGGCCACGAUGCGGCUGACCCUGGGCUUUGUAUGGCCUCUGCUCACUCUUAGUAUUUGCUAUACCUUCCUCCUGGUGCUGACCUGGAGUCGGAGGGCCACACGCUCCACCAAGACACUCAAGGUGGUGGUGGCCGUGGUCACCUGUUUCUUUGUCUUCUGGCUGCCCUAUCAGGUGACAGGGAUGAUGAUGGCUUGGCUGCAUCCGUUCUCGUCCACCUUCGUGAAAGUGCAGAGGCUGAACUCCUUGUGCGUGUCCCUGGCUUACAUCAACUGCUGCAUCAACCCUGUCAUCUAUGUGGUGGCUGGCCAGGGCUUCCAAGGGCGGCUUCGCAGGUCUCUCCCCAGCAUCAUCCGGAACGCCCUCUCAGAGGACUCCAUGAUCAGGGACAGCAAAUCCUUCACUCGCUCCACGGUGGACCACUCGACCCACAGGAGUCAGGCAGUGUAGAGGAGACCCAGGGCUGGUGAGGGUUGCUCUUCCGGCCCUCCUCUCCCUCGCCUCUCCCUCCUUCUCUUCUUCCUCUCUACCCUUGUUUUCCUCUUCCCCCCUUCCCUUUGCAUGUUUAAUUUUAUGAGACUUUUUCUGAAUUGCCCUGGCUAGCCUUGAACUCAGGAUCCUCCUGGAUGCUGGGAUUACAGGCAUACAUUCUUUGGAAGAAAAACAUCACAUUGGCUUCCAUUACUAAGGGAGACCUUUGCUAUGCUGUCCACCUGCAGUGGCUGGCCAGAUAAAUAUGUAAUAAUGAUGACUUCCAGGGGCAGGGUAACCAAAAAACAAGAGAAUUUCAUGUUAUUCACUAUUGUUAUUUGUUUGUAUUGUUUUUCUUCCGAGACAGGGUUUCUCUGUGUAACAGUCCUGGCGGUCCUGGAACUCGCUCUGUAGACCAGGCUGGCCUUGAACUCACAGAGACCCGCCUGCCUCUGCCUCCUGAGUACUGGGACUAAAGGCGUGCGCCACCACACACCUUUUUUUUUUUUUUUUUUUGAUACAAGGUCUCUAGUAGCCUCAUCUGCCUUGUCCUGACCCCUGACCUUCCUGCAUCUGCCUCCCUAAUGCUGUGAUCAUAUGUUUGUACCACUGUUCCCAACUCAUCUUUUAUUUCUACAAUGUUGCCUUUUUGUGAACGGUAUUCAGUGUGAUCCCAGCUUUGUAAAAACAUCUGUGUGUCGCUCACAUAAUAAAGAUUUAAAAAUAAAAA